CUUGACCACAGACCGCGUUCUUCCGCCGUUCUGCGGCGGUCGAACGAAGGCCGGACCGCUCAAUCGAGCAACACUAACCUCCAAUAAGUGAACUACAGUGAUAUGAGCUGCAACACCAAAGGUCAAGUUCUCCGUGGAAACUUAUCAUUUUACUGUUUCUUCCGCCGCAAUGCGUGCAUCGAGCUUUCAUCUUUUUGCACUCUACUGAUUGUACCGUAUCUUAGGCCAUGAUUGACAAUUGCAGAAAAUUGUACAUAAGUGAACAUGAAGUACUCAAUGAACAAUCUUUGUCCUCAUCAUCCAACUUUAAUUCCACAGUUGUUUCUCCGGAUAUUGACUCUGAACUCAAUUUGCAUACAACUUCAAGAUCCAACACGUGAAAUCAACAAUCCAUAUUCAAAAUGGUUAAAAUCGCGAUUUCCGGAGCAACAGGAGGCGUAGCUCAAGAAAUCCUCGACGUCCUUGCCUCGACCAAAACCCACGAAAUCAUCCUGCUUUCCCGAAACGCAAUCCCACCAGAAAAACUCGCUCCCGGUGUAACAUCCGCGCAAACAACCUACCAAAGCGUCGACGAACUCGCAACCAUCUUGAAGGGAGUCCACACAGUCCUCUGUUUCAUAACCCCACAAUCCGAUCCGGGAAAUACCUCGCAGAAAACCCUCAUAGACGCAGCUGUCAAAGCAGGUGUGAAACGUUUCGCGCCCAGCGAAUGGGCUUCCUCAAGCUUCGACCACAUGCCAUGGUACACUUCUAAAUCCGCUAUCCGGACCUACCUCUCCGAUCUCAACAACCCCGUUCAGCGAAUCGAGUAUUGCCUCUUCCACGUCGGGCUCUUCACGAAUUACUUUGCCGCGCCGUAUAAAACGAGUGCGCAUGUGCACCCGUUCCAGAUGCAGUGGGACUUCCACGGACGACGUGCGUUGGUCGUCGACGAAGCUGGGGGAGGGAGAAUCAAUUUAGUCACGGUGAAGGAUUUCGCAGACGUGGUGAAGAGGGCUGUGGAGUAUGAAGGGGAGUGGCCUGUGGUAGGAGGGAUGAAGGGGGAUGUUUUGAGUGUCGAGGAACUGGUCGCACUUGGGGAAGAAAUCCGCGGACCCUUCAAUAUCGAAAGAAUCCCCUUGUUUGAUCUGCAAAAGGGCGAGUUUGAGAGCAGCUGGCUGCCUACUCUAGAUCAUCCUGCUAUUCCGGCCGAGCAGCGAAAAGGAUUAGCUAAAGGGAUGGUGGCGGGUGUUUUGCAGGCUGUUCGUGCUGGAGCGUUUGAGGUGUCGGAUGAGUGGAAUAAGUUAUUGCCUGAUAUGAAAUUUACUGAUGCGGAGGAAUUUUUGAGGGGAGCUUGGGAGGGGAAGGAGUGA